GAAUGGUAACAACCGGGUUUCUUUUUGAUGGCGAUCACGGCAACUGGAUUAGAUCCGUCUUUUUGCUCGCGCUGUCGACAGCCGUGUGAAAAUAUGGCGCAGUUAUGCCACUAACCAGCAUAAUAUGAAAGUACUCGUCACAGCCCAGUCGGCUGCAGUGUUAGCAUUGUGGUAGCAAUGUGUGUAACGUUAACGUUAGCUGGGACAGAAAUAGCCAGCCCUCGUUGAAACAGCAGCCUGCUCCUGUGUUUGGACCUGCUUUGUGUUCACUAAGUGGCCGCUUUGCAGUCUCUCUGGGAUGCAUCUCUCCAAGAAAUGCUCCGUCUUCAAAGUGGUGCUGAGUGCUCUGCUGAUAGUGGCGCUCCUGCAGCUCAUAUACCUGUCCUUCCUGUCCAAGUUUCACGGUAAGCAGCAGCGCUACAGAUACUCCGAGCUGUUUGGAGGCUCCGGGGGCAAGAAGAAUGGGCACCCCGAGAAAAACACGCGGAAAGAGCGUCUGAGAUACUCGCUGUCCACUGGUGGGAUCUUUGACAACAGUGGGCAGUACCGGGUGUACAAGAACUUGAUCAAAAGUGAUUUCACCACAAACCAGAAGCCAGGGUCCGACCCCAGCUCCAAUGUCCUGGCUUUAGCCACACACACAACCAUCAACAACCUGCAUCACCUGGAGUCUCUCCUGGAGAGGUGGCAAAACCCUCUCUCUGUGGCCAUAUUCGCACAUGGGCAAGAUGUCAAGUUUGCCACGGCUCUGGUCUACGCUCUCAGCUUCUUCUGCCCUCAGAUUCAAGCUCUGGUGGACUUCCACCUGGUCUGCCUCUCUGGAGAGAUGGCCAGUUUCCCUGAGCAGGACCGUGAGCACUUUGCAGGGCUUGAGGACUGUGCCGCUGUGUUCUCCAGACUGGAGACCCACAGAGAUAAAUACAAGAACUACGCCAUCAGUGGGAACGUCUCCUACCCCAACAACCUUCUUCGCAACGUCGCCCGAAGUGGCACAGAGUCCUCCUACAUCCUGGUCAUUGACGUCGACAUGAUGCCAAGCGCUGACCUGCACCAGCAGUUCCUGGCCAUGAUCACGAGACGAGAGCCAAUGAACGAUGAGGUGUUUGUGUUGCCUGCCUUCGAGAUCCGCCACGCCCGGAAGAUGCCCGCCAGCAAGGCAGAGUUGGUUCAGCUCUAUCAGGUCGGCGAGGUCAGGCCAUUUUAUGAAGAGCUGUGUCCUCGCUGUCAAGCCCCGACCAACUACUCUCAGUGGGUUAACAGCCACGUUAGAGGGACGGGCACCCUGGAGGUUGCCUACACGCUCACCUGGGUGGACCCCUGGGAGCCUUUCUACAUCGGGCCCCACACUGUGCCCCUCUAUGAUGAGAACUUCAGGCAGUAUGGCUUCAAUCGCAUCAGCCAGGCCUGCGAGCUCCAUGUGGCCGGAUACAGGUUCUCUGUGCUGAGCUCAGCCUUCGUGGUGCACCGCGGCUUCAAGAUCCAGGGGGAGUUCCAUGCCAGGAAGGACGAGGAGAACAAACGCAAUCGGGUUCUGUUUCGCAACUUCAAAGAGGGCCUGAAAACCAAAUACCCAUCCUCCAGCCGACGGUGCUGAAACAAGAUGAGGCCCGUACAUCCCGCCUAUCCCGCCUCUAUCUGUCUCUAAUGAAAUCACUCUCCUGCUGAAAAGACGGAUGUACAUUUCUCUUAUUUUAACCAGAUUUAGCUUUGAGUCAGGCUCUCUCUGCCCAAAACAUCCCAGCUUUUUUUUUGAUUUCUUGUAUUGGCGGCACAGUGAGCGUGAGAGCGUCCUGCUAGUUGGGACUGAAAGUAAGAAAUGGAUCAUUCAAGACUGGAAAACUGGCCAGCAGCUUUUUCUAAAAUCCAAUGCAAAUCUAAAAUCUAGAUGCCAUUCGAUCAAUGUUCAUAUUGUAGCAUAUGAGGUACAUUUUCUAUUGUAAAACACAAACACAACAGAGAGAUAUCCUAAGAAACAGAAGUCCUAAUAUCACAGUACUGUAACAUGAAGUAAAAGGUCCUGCAUUUCAUGACAGCUGAUCAAAGAUCGCCUUGUUCCAAAAAGUCCAACUGAAAUCACAGUCAUCUCUUUAUGCAGUCAGAAGUAAUGUCAAAUUUAUAGUUAUUCCUUUUUUAUUAUGAAAAGGAAGAGUGUCUUUCUAUCCCAAAGAUAGAACUGUGUUACAGCUUAAUGCAAAUAUGAUUUGAAAUGACACAAUAUGGCUGCCUGUAUGCCAACAAGAUUUUUUCAACUGGACACAUAAUCCCACUAACACCCACUAACAUCUGACUUAAGUGGGAAAGGUUACAGUCAGCAUGUGGAAAUUGAUGGGAAUAUGACACCUGGGUGGAAACACUAAUUUUCACCCCUUUUCUGGUGCAAUGACAUGCUGCCACAAAUUCUGUCCAUCUCUGUCCAAGCAGUGCUCGAACAUCGUUGCAAAUUAGUCAGCAGCGAGCAUGACUACGACAAAAUCAAAGUCACAUACCGUAACAUAGUCACUGGCCUCCAUGCGACUUUAUACUCUUUACUAAACUUGUUUACGGCACGUUUGUGACAUCGAACGUGACUACAACUACAAUGAUUAAUCGAUUAUUCAAUUAGUUGUCAACUAUUAAAUGAACUGCCAACCAAUUUCGUAAUCCAAUUAUCGGUUUGAUCAAUUUUUGAGAAAAAAAGUAAAAAUUCUCUGAUUACGGCCUCUUAAAUGUGAAUAUUUUUUGGUUUCCUUACCCCUCUGUGAUAGUAAACUGAAUAUCUUUAUGUUGUGGAAAACCAAGACAUUUGAGGGCGUCACUUUGGGAAAGACAGAUCAAUAUUUUUAACCAUUUUCUGUCAUUUUGUCAACCAAAUGCACAGUUGGUUAAUCCAGAAAAUAAGUGAGAGAUUACUCAACAAUGAAAAUAAUCGUUAGUUGCAGCCUUAAACAUGACACGCCAUUAAAAUAAACAGAAAUGCAAAUGGAUAGGGAUAAAUAUUGCCUAUUUAUUGCAGGUUUUCCCACAUUCAAUCAAACGGCAUAAUUGUGCUAAUUUUGGUGGAGAAAGAGUAUAAUUCUCCCUUUUUAGUUUCUGAUUUAUUUCUCAAAGGAGCAAACAAGACACACAGUUCAUAGAGCAGAUAUGUAUGGUAUGUGUGCUGUAGCAGGGGGGGAAAAAUCAAUUUCAGUUGGACUUUAAAUUCUGGCAGGGUGUCCACAAAUAUCUGGCCUGUUUCCAGACAUUUUUGUCAAAUAUUUGCAGCUGUUCAAUAAUAAUUAUGGUGCAAAACAAAAUGGCGGUUCAGUCUAAUUAUCAGGCUGACUACAAACCCAGUUUUUCAUAAAUGUAUCUCUUUAUACUAAAUGCUUGUGUCUUUUAAAUGCUGUGCCAAUCAAUGCUGUGGUCCGACCACCAGAUGGCAACAGGCACUUGAUUGAGUGCCGUGUUGCAGUUUAUUUUAGCCUGAAGUGAGUGUUGGAGACACUACAGCAGAACACAUGGAUUACACAACGCCUGUGUUGUUUGGCGCCCAGGGGUAUAAAAAUUUUCAGCGCCACAACUGUCAGCACAUUUCAUACGUUCUCAGUCUCCUGUGAGUGCUACAGACUGAAGAGAUUACUCACACGUUAUGAGGACAAUGAAGCACUGGGAAACUUUACCUAGAACAUUAUACGACACUAUGAUUUCACCAACACUGUGGAGAACUACUGUAUUAUAACACAGAGGAUCUGACGCUGGUAGUCAGCUAGAUUAUCUAGAGUUGGGAGGUUUCUCCUGAGUUUAUGAUGGGGCCAGUGGGCCACAGGUAGAAAUGUAGCAUGAGUAAAAAUACUGCACAAUCAAAAGCAGUGUUGUCAAAGGGAUUUCUGUGGACAUGUUUAUCUCAACACCACUAGAAGAUAGCAAAUUAUUGAUCUUAAACAUAUUAUUCUGUAACCUCCUGGUACAUACAGCACAUACAGUAUUAAACCUUGCUACCACUCUUCUCAUAUAAGCAGUACUGCAAAGUACGCAUAUACAAAAAAUAUUUGGUUACUUUUAAGUGUUCAGUUGAUAUGUAAUUGUUGAUUUUGAGAGAUUUAAAUAUGUUUGUGUUUAUGAUAUAUUUAUUGUUAAAUGUUUUCCUUUGACUGGAAUUCGUUGAACCAUUUUUUUUAAAUGACCCCAAGCAGGAAAACUGUAGCACGAAAUUGUGUUUGGUGCGGAAAAUCAUGUUUGGUAUUAAACUAUUUUCUUUUUUUUUUUUUUUUUUUAGAAACACUAUAAAACUAUUUUUAUUUGGUAUUUUUGGAGUGAGAUCAGUUUCAACAAAUUAUCUUGUGCGAUGACGUGGUGUAGUGUUUUAGUUUCACGUGUCUUUUCCUUACUUGAAAAUGUUUUUGUUUUUUUUUGUAUUUAUUUUUUCUUUUUGUGAUCAGAAAAUAUAAUGCCUGGUUUGUAUUGGUGGAGUUUCUAUUAAACCUAUUGGCUGACUUUUAUUUGA